AUCGAACACACGGAACAACCUUUAAUACAAUCCGACACACCGAUGUCCACUUGGAUACAAAGCUGCACAGAAACUUGUACUUGCACACACAAAAGAUACAACGAUACAAAGAUACACUUAGAUACAUGAUGGAUGGGCAGCAGAGUGUUUUCAGUGUCAGUGCGCUCAUCGAUGACGUCUGAGAGGCAUUCGCAUUCGCGCUGAUGGAUAAUCAUAAAUUCGGCGUGAAAUUCUCGCAGAUACUUUAGCCAUCUCGCAGAUACUUAUCGCGUUCGCCUCUUCUAAUGGGCCUCAUCUGCCCCGGCCGGCGUCUGUGACAAAUUGUCUCCGCGUGUAUUGUGUGUGUGGUGUGUGCAAUAAAAACCGUUCAAAUCUGCGGCCAAUUACGGCUAAAAGCCAUCCAAAACAUUCCUGUGACAAGUGCAGGUAAAGCUAAGGGACACUCGUAAACCCAUUUGCCAGCAGGAUGCAAACGGAUUAACUCUUGCGAAUCCCAGACCAAAACUCUUCCUUUAAUCCAUCCUCCAGUGCUCUGAGGUCAUUAGACGAUCCGCAGUCGAAUGAAAACAACUCUCAAUACAAAUACAAAGUGUAUUCAGUGAUUCAGUGAUCGAGUGAAGUGAAUAUUCGAAGAAUUCACUUGCUAUCUGGUGAAUGCCGAACGCCGACGGCUAACUGAAAUUAUACUAAUCGAUUCCUAGACGACCGAGCGACACAAAGACUGGCUACAGAAUGGAUCCCGAUUGCUUUGCCAUGUCCUCGUACCAGUUUGUCAACUCGCUGGCCUCCUGCUAUCCCCAGCAGAUGAAUCCCCAGCAGAGUCAUCCGGGCGCCAAUGCCAGUGCGGGCAGCAGCAACGGUGCCGCCGUGCCAGGCGGUGGGGGCACCAACGGUGGGCCCGGGAAUUCUGGGGCAGCCACGCCCGGAGCCAACGACUAUUUUCCAGCGGCGGCAGCGUACACGCCCAACCUGUAUCCGAACACGCCGCAGGCGCACUACGCCAACCAGGCGGCGGCAUACGGCGGACAGGGCAAUCCGGAUAUGGUGGACUACACACAGCUGCAGCCGCAGCGUCUGUUGUUGCAACAGCAGCAGCAGCAGCAACAACAACAGCAGCAGCAGCAACAUGCCCAUGCCGCGGCGGCAGUGGCGGCACAGCAGCAGCAACAACUCGCGCAGCAGCAACUCCCGCAACAGCAGCAACAGCAGCAGCAGCAGACGAACAUCAGCUGCAAGUACGCCAAUGAUCCAACCACACCGGGCGGCAGUGGUGGCGGCGGAGGGGGUGGUGGCAGCAACAACAACAAUAACAGCAGCAACAACAACAACAACCAAUCAUUGGCCAGCCCGCAGGACCUCUCCACGCGCGACAUCUCCCCGAAGCUCUCGCCCAGCUCCGUGGUGGAGAGUGUGGCACGAUCCCUCAACAAGGGGGUGCUGGGUGGCAGCCUAGCGGCCGCUGCCGCUGCCGUCAGUCUCAACAACAACCACAGCGGUGCUGGGGUCGGCCCAGUGGGCGGCGGUGGCAGUGGUGUGGGCGUGGGUGGUGUCCCGGGCGUGGUCAAUGUCCCGAUGCACAGUCCUGGCGGCGGCGACUCCGAUUCGGAGAGCGACAGCGGCAACGAGGCGGGCAGCAGCCAGAACAGCGGCAAUGGAAAGAAGAAUCCGCCACAGAUCUAUCCAUGGAUGAAGAGAGUGCAUCUCGGACAGAGUACUGUGAAUGCCAAUGGCGAGACGAAACGACAACGGACCUCAUACACCCGCUAUCAAACACUGGAACUGGAGAAGGAAUUCCAUUUUAAUCGCUACCUGACACGCCGGCGACGCAUCGAGAUCGCCCAUGCCCUCUGCCUGACCGAGCGCCAGAUCAAGAUCUGGUUCCAGAACCGGCGCAUGAAGUGGAAGAAGGAGCACAAGAUGGCCUCGAUGAACAUCGUGCCCUACCAUAUGGGUCCCUAUGGCCAUCCCUACCAUCAGUUCGAUAUCCAUCCGUCACAGUUUGCGCAUCUGAGCGCAUAGGACGCGUGGCACUUUUCGGGUACUGGUUAGAGACUCAAUCAGUUGUAUCAGGAACCAUAUCAGACGGCGGCGGCGGCGGCCAGUGUGGCCGGUAGCUAUCAGUCGCAGGGGCCGCAGGAUGCUGUGUCCCUUGGCGGUAAUGGUAAUGGUGGUGGAGGUAGUGGUGUCGUUGGUGGUGGUG